AUGGAGUUACUUUCAUUAACUUACGCAUUAAUGACUCUUGGUGUAGCUUUUUACUUUUUUGUAAAGUGGAGAUAUAAUUAUUGGAGGAGUAGAAACGUAGUCACUUUAGAACCUACGUUUUUCUUUGGUAAUUUAAGAACUCCAAAAGGGAAAUAUAUCACGCUAGUAGAUGCAAUUGUGAAUGCUUACAAAGCAGCAAAAGCCAAAGGUGAAAGGUAUGCCGGUGUAUACAUGUUCGUUACACCGCAAUUCGUACCAUUGGACAGAGAAUUAAUCAGAAGUAUUCUGUUUACCGAUUUUGACCACUUUGUUAACCGCGGAUUUCACGUAAACAAAAAACGAGAUCCACUCUCUGCUAAUGUGUUUAAUACAUCAGAUAAUGAAUGGAGAAAUCUUAGGACAAAAUUAACCCCGGCGUUUACAACAGGUAAAAUGAAGAUGAUGUUCGAAAGGGUGUUGGAAUGUACAACAGGACUUGAAGAAAUGUUAAAAGAGCGUAGCGUUGCUGUGGAUAUUAAAGAUAUUCUGUGCAGAUUCACAACUGACGUUAUAGGAUCAGUAGCUUUCGGACUAGAAUUUAACAGCAUGAAGGAUGCCAAUAUCAAAUUGAGAAAGUAUGGUGAUUAUACUUUCGAAAACAGUUGGCGCAAGAGGUUCAGUAUUUUCCUCGAGAAUACGUUUCCUACAUGGUUCAUAAACAUCGUAAAUGAAGUGGGGUUUUCAUCUACGAAAAAAGAAAUCGAAACGUACUUCGUGGACAUGAUUCAAAAAACUGUUGACUACAGAGAAAAGAACAACGUUUUUCGCAAGGAUGCUUUGCAUCUUAUGAUUCAAUUAAAAAAUACGGGUAGAGUGUUGGGAGAUGACGAAGCGGCUUUAAAGGGAGACAAUGAAAAUGUUACGGGUGGUAUAACGAUGAAUGAGUUGGCAGCACAGGCUUUCGUAUUUUUCGUUGCUGGCUUUGAAACAUCUGCGACUACAAUGACAUUUGCUUUGUUAGAAUUGGCACAAAAUCCGGUUGUUCAAGAGAAAUUAAGACAAGAAAUCAAACAAACUCUUAAACAAAACGACAACAAAUUAACCUACGAAUCGCUUUUGGGAAUGGAGUAUUUAGAAAAGGUAAUUUCAGAAACAUUAAGAAUGCAUCCGCCAAUUCAUCGGUUACCGCGUUUGUGUAACAAGGAUUUUAAUAUUCCAAACAGCGAUUUGGUAAUCAAAUCGCAAACGCAAGUACUAGUUCCGGUACUUGCUAUUCAUAAUGACCCCGAAUAUUAUCCGAAUCCGGAAAAAUUCGAUCCGGAAAGGUUCAGCAAGGAAGCGAAAGCCAGUAGACCUUCCAUGACUUACUUUCCGUUUGGAGAUGGACCACGAAAUUGCAUAGGUCAGAGAUUUGGGAAACUUCAAGCUAAACUUGGUUUGUGUACAGUAGUAUCAAAUUUUAAUGUUACACUAAAUGAAAAAACCAAGUUACCAAUAGAGUAUGACUUAAUUACGGUCAUUACUGUUAAAGGCAAUGUUUGGUUGAAUUUGGAACCUUUGAAAAAAUAA